UGAUUUGAAUACAACUUCACUCUAUUGGUUACCUAACUUCUGAUAUUGUCAAUUUCAUAAAGAAAUUCCUUAAAAAUGGCUUUAUUCCACGUUCAAAGAAGAUUAAUGAGCAGUGGCUUACAAAAGUUUUGUUAUAAUUUGGCCGGUUUCAAUAAAUUGGGCUUGAUGCGAGAUGAUUUGCUUUUUGAAGAUGAUGAUGUAAAAGAGGCUCUCAAGAGGUUGUCCCAAGCGAAAAUCGACGAACGUAAUUAUCGUAUUUUGAGAGCGACUCAAUUAGACAUCCAAAAAUCGAUUUUGCCCAAAGAUAAGUGGACAAAACUUGAAGAAGACGAAUUAUAUUUAACACCUCUCGUCAAUCAAGUUAUUAAGGAGAGAGAAGAACGUGAAGAAUGGAGCAAAAAUUAUUAAAGAUUGAGUGCUUAGUUCUUGGAAAUUGUAAAGAUGAAGUAGCUUUCUUUGUUAUUUAAUACAUUUAUUAAUAAAUUUAAUCUAGUCUUCUUUUA